CCUCCUUCGGGACGGGGUGUGUCACAUAUAGCGUCUUAAUUCAAUAAUAUAUAUCAUUUGAAAAAAAAAACUUACAUAUGAUAAUGCAUUAUUAAACAACGAACCUCACAUAACGGUUAACUUGUUUCAUGUAAAUUCUUUCAGUAGUCAUGGGAAUGCCUAAAAUGAGUUUUGAAAAAAGAAUGGUAUUUAUUUUUUCUUUAAUUAUUAAUGUAACAACCAAUGAAAGAAUGAAAUUAAAAAAAAGAAUGGUACAAGAAUAUCGGCGUCAAGUGAAAAAAAAACCAGUGCAGAGAAGAGGCCAGUAGUAGUACACCAUUCAUUCUUUAAAUAUAAUAAGAAAGUAAAAAUAUCAUUAAAAUUUCCUAAUAAAUAAAUAAACAUUGUUCUGCGACAAACCACGAUCCCAAAGAUUCUCUUCCCCCCUCUCUCUGCCAAAUUCAAACAAUCUGUUCUCCACUGCAGUGGACGAGCUCCAGAGUCCAGAGAGAGAGAGAGAGAGAGAGAGAGAGAGGAGGGAGAGAGGGACAGUGUGAGCUAAGUGAAUUCUCAAUGGAAGAUUUCAGAUCCAGAUCGUGCGGUCACGGAAGUUCGCAGAUGGAGAGCUACAAUGGCGGCAGCGGGUCGGCGGGACCCGCUUCAUCGGGGGUCAAUGGGAUGCAGGAUCUCAGGUGCUACAGCGCCUCCUACGCGACCUCUGUGCACCCGCAACAGCAGCAGCAAACCCAGGCGGGAAACAACGGCGAGAAGAUCAGGAAGGGGAAGUCGGCGAACGGGUCGGCGACGAAGAGCUGGAGCCUGAGCGAUCCGGAGCUGCAGAGGAAGAAGAGGGUGGCGAGCUAUAAGGUGUAUACGGUGGAAGGGAAGCUCAAAGGGUCGCUCCGGAAGAGCUUCCGGUGGCUCAAGGAAACUUGUAAUAGAGUCGUCUAUGGCCGGUAAUCAUCAUUUCUGAAAAUAUAUUAUAUAAAUUAGUACCAUUAUUUAUUUAUUUAUUUUAAUUGUUUAAUUUAUGCUCGGUGUUAUUAAUUUGUAAAAUUGGAGUGUUUGUGUUGGAAAUUAUGAAGUUGUAAUGUGAUUUUUUUAUGAAUAUUUGUAUAUUGUGUAUUUUUGGUGGUCUGAAAAUUAUAUAAAUAAAUGAAACGUAAGCCUUUUUUGGUGGUUCA